AGAUUAUAGGGAUGGGAAGGUAGAAUUUGGAAUGAGAUGUUUGGAAACUUAGGUGGUAUCUUCCGACAAGAGGAAGAAGCCAAUUCAAUCAGACAGGUUUAUGUCUUCAACCGAUAUCCUGAUGGUGUAAAGCCUCAAGCUUUUGCUGACAAUGCAAUUAAGACAAGCAAAUACACAAUCUGGAAUUUUAUUCCAAAGAAUCUCUAUGAACAGUUCAAAAGGAUUGCCAACUUCUACUUCCUCUGUGUUGUUAUCAUCAUGUUAUGUAUAGAGACUCCAAUAGGACCUGGUACGACAAUGAUGCCACUUAUCAUUGUCGUAACGAUAUCCCUUUUUAAGCAGGGGUUUGAAGACUACAAUAGACACAAGGCAGAUAACGAGGUUAAUCAUCGUCUUGUGAAUGUUAUCAGACAUGGGUGUCUUCAGCAGAUCAACAGUAAAAACAUCAGGGUUGGUGACGUAGUGAAGUUGGAAUGUGAGGAUGAGUUCCCCUGUGACAUGGUACUCGUAUCCUCUAGUGACGAGGAAGGAAGCUGUUUCAUCACUACCGCUAACUUGGACGGAGAAACCAACUUGAAGAUUCUGACGUGCCCUGACGAAACUAAAAGUUUGUUAACAGUACAAGAACUGUACGGGUUAGAUGCCAGCAUUGAGUGUGAACCUCCUAAUGUUGAUCUCUACAGAUUCCAGGGGAGGAUUAUAUUCGCGACUGACACAAAUCUCGACAACAUCUCCGCAAUGAAGUCAUUGGGAUCAUCUAACUUACUUCUACGAGGAGCGACGCUGAAAAAUACCAAGUUCGUUUACGGUGUUCCUGUGUAUACUGGCAAAGACACUAAGAUGGCGCUCAACCAGGCGCAAGCCCAGUACAAGUUACCCUCUAUCGAAUGGAAAAUGAACAUGUACAUUCUGUUCUUCUGCUUCAUGGUAGUUGCCCUGGCAACAGUACUAACAAUAGUGGAGUUCUUCUGGGAGGUUGAGUGUGAUAAGAGGGCUCUUUACAGGACACGUGUUACUUUCAGUCACAGUAUUGGAGGCUUCCUAAACGAUUUCUUCUCCUUCAUCGUACUUUUCAACUACGUUAUCCCUAUCUCGCUGUACGUCACCGUGGAGGCUGUCAAGUUCAUCUCUAGUUACUUUGUCAAGUGGGAUCUUGAAAUGUAUCAUGCGGAGACAGAUACACCAGCUAAAGCGAACACGUCAGAUCUUAACGAGGAGCUCGGGCAGAUAGAGUACGUGUUCUCUGAUAAAACUGGAACGCUGACGGAGAACGAGUUAGUGUUCAGGAAGUGUUCCAUAGAAGGUGUAAAAUACGCUGCAGGUGACGGAGUCCUCAUAGAGGAAGCUUCCCAGAUAGCUGUAGACCUUGCCAACCAAAACGUAAAAGAUUUCCUGAUAACAAUGUCACUGUGCCACUCGGUCUUUACUACUGAACAACAGGGGAACUUGAAGUACGAGGCUAGCUCCCCGGACGAGAAGGCACUGGUCGAGGCUGCUGCUGAAUACGGUAUAAAGUUCAUGUUCGCGUCCCGUAACUCUCGGAAGAUAAGAGUGGAAGGUAACCUAGAUCGGUACGAGUUCCUCUAUAUCCUACCCUUUGAUAAUACCCGGAAACGAAUGAGUAUUAUUCUCCGGGAUCCCAGUGGGAAGAUUUUGUUACUGUGUAAGGGGGCCGAGUCGUCAGUGUUGGAUAUCUGUGAUAGUGGCUGUGUAGAUGUAACCCGGAAACACGUGGACGACUACGCAGCUGAAGGGCUCCGGACCCUGGUAUUCGCCAUGAAGGAGAUCUCCCCCGAGGACUACACUGAAGUGGACCGACUAAUGGUGGACUGUCAGAACGCUAUUAAUGACAGGGAGGCUAAAGAACAGCUGGCUUUUCAGAGUAUCGAAGAUAGGCUGUGUUGUAUUGGAGUUACUGGAGUUGAGGACAGGUUACAAGACGGAGUGUACGAUACUAUCAGUGCUCUGAAAGAGGGAGGAGUUAAACUAUGGGUCCUUACUGGUGACAAGAUGGAAACAGCUGUGAACAUCUCCCAGUCCUGCAACCAUUUCACUGUCUCCAUGAAACUACACUUCCUUACAGCCAGGAGAGACGGAGAGUCUUGCAAACAGACUCUCGAUAGUCUGUUGAAACUGCUGGAGGGCACCUCACGUGAACGGAACCAGACGUAUGGUCUAAUAGUAGACGGCACGUCUCUAGCCACGUGUUUUAACACGUGUCCUGAACUGUUCCUCCGGACCACGUUGCUGUGCACCGCUGUUCUCUGCUGCAGACUUUCUCCUCUUCAGAAGGCUAAGGUAGUAAGAAUGGUAAAAGAACACAAAACAAAUCCAGUAACACUGGCUAUUGGAGAUGGAGCUAACGAUGUCAGUAUGAUCCUGGAGGCUAAUGUUGGAGUCGGUAUCUACGGUAAAGAAGGCAGACAAGCAGUCAGGUCAUGUGACUUUGCCAUCGCCCGGUUCCAGUACCUCCGUAACCUGAUGUUUGUACACGGACACUACUACUACAGGAGGAUAUCUACCGUCGUGUUCUACUUCUUUUACAAGAAUGUAACGUUUGUUGGCCCUGCUAUCUGCUUCCUCUUCAUGAAUGGAUACUCCCCUCAGACGAUAUACAGUGAGCUACAACUGAUUGGGUUCAACCUAAUGUUCUCAGCUCUCCCCAUUAUUAGUUACGGGUUAUUUGAGCAACAUCUUCCACCCACCCUGCUUUACGAGAAGCCAUCACUUUAUAAAGAAUCUGCUAAAACGAAUCUACUCGCAAUAAAAUACUUCGUUGCGUGGAUGGCUCUAGCUGUGUGGAACUGUUUUGUUAUUUUCAUCUUCGAUUUCUCGAUGUUCUAUGAUGCAGGAGGGUUCAACAGUUCACAGCGAGUUGGUGGUUUGUGGUGUUACGGAACAGUAGCUUACACAUCUGUCAUAUUCGUCAUCAAUAUCAUGAUCGCCCUGAAGACGAGGUUCUGGGUGUGGUUCACUCACUUCACAAUUUGGGGCACACUCCUCUCCUACGUCAUUAUCUCCUACUUCUAUGCUAUGUGGACCAACCCUAACGUACUCUGGCUCCACGAGACUAACGACGCAACCUACGUCUUCAUCUUCCUCUUCUCCUGUCCAGUAAUCUACCUGGAGGUAGCCAUGGUUGUGGUUCUCUGUGUCCUCCCGCCGGUCCUGGUCAUGUUGCUACAACACCAUAUGUAUCCGAUGGAGGCGGAUAAGUUCAGGCUCCAAGAUUGGAACAAAGUCCACGCGGGACGCGACUACCGGCCCUGCUGCGGUUACCGCCUCAACUCUUUUACUCUGACCCAGUACUUUGGGUUGGGGGGUAGGGACGGAAUGGGGUAUUCGGGAGAGCAGCUGGUGAAACGGGAUGACAGUGAGAAAUAUCAGACGGGUAGUGCAGCGUAUGGGAGUAUUAGGAGGGGCUCCGCGGGGGAAUCGUAACGGUGGGUUGUAACACGCUCAGCUAUACUACCCAACCGAAUACACGCCUAUAAAACGUCACGGAUCUAGCAGUAAUUCUCGAGCAAACUAUUCCACGCUAAUGGAAGAUUGAGAUCAGAACGAAAUAUUAUGACGUAACGCGAUCCUCUAUGACGUCACGUGAUGCUCUAUGACGUCACAAUUAACACGAUAUGACGUCAGAUGAAGACGUGGACUCAGAUGAUUCGAGCUGAAUUACAAUCUCAAUGUUUAAAUGUGUUGAUGUUGAAAUAAUUUAUGUGUUUAAUUAAAUGUUGAUUUGUGUACGAGCUGAUAUGAUAUAAUUUUAGAUUAAAGUCCUGUGGAGUUCUGGUGAGUUUUGAUUAUAAACAAAGUGUUUAAUUAAUCACAAUUACUCUGAACCUAUUAAGUAUUAAGAAUGUAUUUGAAUUGAAUUUCUAUUAAUUUAUUAGACCGAUAACAAUAUGAAUAUGUAUUACUGACAUUACUUUUAGUAAUUUACGUUAUAUUUAUAACUUUUCCAGUGGCGCGCAUCAACAAAAUGUUCGUGAUACCUUGAUGGCCGUUAAUUCGUUUGUUUGUGGCAUUUUACAUAGCAUAUGUCUUACUCAACAUUUAUGUUGGGCGGAGACCGGUUGAGAUAGUACUUCAUAUAGUAUAGUUUAUAGUGAUAAGAUUCAAGGUAAGGAUUUUGUAACUUAAAUCUCGAAUUAGAAUAAUUGUGAUUCCUUGCACCAGUAGUUGUAUUGAACCAGUUUUUGUCGAAAAGGCAUAAACAGUAAAUUUAGAGUCAUUUUCAUGUAUAUUUUGUUUAAGUGUAAAUUAAGCUGUAUAUUGUUUACUGGUUAUGCAAGAGAAUGUUAAUUUUAUUUAUAAUAUCCACCUUCGACUAGAUCUAUGGUUUACAGAAUUGAUAUCAUAUGUUUGACAAAAAAUGAAUAUAAAUUCACGCGUGCGGCCAAUUAAAAUAAAUUUUAAGUUGCUGUGACGGUUUUUUAUAACACUCAGUUAUUACAGGAUGGGCAAGAAUAAACGCAAUUUGAAAAUUUUUGAUUGACCUUUUUUCAAUGAGUCUCUUUUAAUCGAGUAGGUUGCUUCACAAAUCGCUAUGUUUAUAAAAGGUUAUAAUUAUAAUGUUAUUGCACCCGUCGGAGUUAAUUUCUUUACGUUUGGUAAUUAUUAAAUAAUAAUUAUUGAACUUGAACUUAAUAAAAGUUUGGUUUAUGUUAUAUGCUAUGUGGUGUAUAUUUUACUUAUAGCUGUGAUGAUAGAAGUAGUGAGUGAGUUCUAGUAAUGUAAAAAUUGAAUAUUAUUUAUUGAUUAAAAAUGCCAAUUUCCUAAUUUUAGUCCUGAAAUGUGAUUGAAAUCAGUAUGUUUGAUGUUCAACUUCAAGUAUUUGAUGUUGAACAUAGGCCCAAUGCUGGCAUAACCAAGCACUCGAUUUGUAGGCCCAAUUUUCUGUUCAAGGACCAAACAAAAAUUUUAAUGUGAAUUCUGAUGAACAGUAUGCAGUAGGAUCUCAAUUUUGAAAUGUAUUAGUUUACUUAUGGUUUAAUUGCUACGUGCGUGUUGAUCAUGCCUCUGCUAUUUUGUGCUCAGUUUAUCUCAUAUCUAUUAUAGUUAUUUCUAAACUGCUAUGCACAUGAAAAGUUCAAAUUUAU